AUCAUGACCCCGCUCAGAAUCUUGGUCUACAUCUUCCUUCUAUCAACCUACAAGACCCUCCCAUUUGCAUAUGUCAUCCGGUUCUACCACGUGAUUGUGCGCAACUUGUUGUUCCAUAGAUCUCAAUACAACCAUAACAACAAACUCAAUACUUUUGGUAGAGGGGUCACAAAUCCAUUAGAUGUAUUCAAACCAGCAAUCACCAAGACCUAUGUGUCUCCCUUGGAGAUUGAUAUGUACCUCCACAAGUCCAACUCAACCUACUUCAUUGACUUGGAUAUUGCCAGAACUGAUCUUGUAACCAAAGUGUUUCAAAAACUUUUUUUCCGCUACUUUGAUAACGACAAUGGUCAUUUCCCUAAAGCGGGUAAAAUUAGUAAUUUCCCCUAUGUCCCCGUGGCAGCAGUGGAAACUCAUUUUAAACAUGAAUUAAGAGUUUUCCAACCAUUUGAAAUCCAUUCUCAAGUACUUGCUUGGGAUAAAAAAUGGCUUUUCAUCUUGUCGAAAUUCGUUACCAAGUCGGCAAAGGGUGAUGAAAAAAUUUGUGCCAUCACCAUUACAAAGUAUGUGUUCAAGAGAGGUAGAUUGACGAUAAGUCCAGAAGAAAUGCUCAAGGAGUGCGGUUAUUGGAGUGAUGAAGUUGACCAAUUGAACAAGAAGCACUACCCAGUUGUGCAGGACAUGGCCACCACUGAUAAGUUGGAAGAAUUGGCCAUGGCCAUGAAGUGA